AACGACAGCAAACCGCAGCGCACCCUUCACUCUGGGCAAGAAUAAAAUAUCUGCGCACUCUUUCUAUGCAACGAAGAAUCAUUUGCGACUCCGAAAACAAAUGCGCCGUACUGGCAAUGGGGUGUCCUGCGAAGGUUUACCAAGACACGCCUUCUUCACGCGAAAGACUUGGCGGAAACGCGCACUCACGUGAUUUUGAAGGGUUUCGUUCCACAACCGGUACGCUCAAUCAAAACACCAUCAAUCGCCAUGCCAAAUCGUCUGCAGGCACCGGCGACCAUGUUUUCGACCUGGCCGCUCCUCUCGUGCUUGCGUCGGGGACUGGCGACCCUCGGCACGGCCUGGAACCCGCUCUGCCUAUCGCCGCAGCACAGCGCAGCGCACCCGCAAAAGUCAAAACCCCACCCGGCUCUGCCUACCAGCACUUUGUGAAAAGAGCGCCUGGACCCUCGUUUGUGGCUGCUGGCUUUGUCUGCUGCGGCGCCGGACAUUUUCGAAUUGCUGGCUCCUUCACCGACACGCAGCUGCAUCAUCCGUGGCCGGGUGACGAGAUCAUGCUGCGCCCGCUCUAAGACCCGCCCCGUUGCGUAAUGGCAGGGUGAGCGCGCUGCGGAUUGCAUUUCGGAUUGUCAUUCUAGGGCAUAACUUGAGAACGUAUUGAGUACAGUCUUGCGCCGCCUCAAAAAGGCCUCGUCUCGCAACCCUCUUGGAAGAGGCGUGGGUGCGGGGGGCAUCAUAUGUAGUGGCGUCGUGCGAGGCAAUUGGGUUGCACCACGCUCAAAACCCUUCUCUGGCAUUGCGCGCACAGUCGGGCGCAAUGUAUGCUCUCUUUUCCAUUUCACAGAUCAGUAGGGUAACGCUUGCGUUCUCAAUAUCUGGUGGAUGGUGAUCAGUGCUCAAGAUCUCUGGUUGCACAAGACGUCUCGGUGC